GGGGGAGGGAAAGGGGGAGGGGGCAAUCAUGCCGCGGGGGCGGCCUCCAAAACCCGGCGGUAGAGAAAACACCAAAGCAGCCACCGAGUCAGGUAAAAAAUAAAAAAAUAAAAGAGGAGGAGGCGCGGCCGGGCUCAGCAAAAGAGAAAAGCAAGAGCAAAACAAAACGUCUCCGGGCGCCGGGCUGAAUCCCUCACAUCGCUCGCGCAGGGUGAGAAAGGCACCGCGAAACAAUCCGCCGGGCCUCGCAUAUAGUCCCCGGAUAUGGAGGAAGGCGAAGGAGGAAGGCCGGGCCUAUUGUGCGAGGGACUUAGUGUGCGGCCGGCCCUGUGCGGAAUGAUACCGAGCUAACUCCGCGCAGCCGGAGGCGGAGGAGCGCAUGUUGCUACCGCCGCGCGCGCUUAUAAAUCUAUAUAUAGAGGGAGGGAAGGCGAGAUUCUGUCAGAACGGGCGAGGGAAGGGAAGCGGGACGGGGAGCGAGGAGGAGGAGGGCGAGGGCGGCGGGGUUGGGCGGCGGCGUCUCCUCUUCUCCCCGUUUGAGGCGCCCUUUCUAAGGCGAUCGGUGGCGCGGGGGAAAUGGGGGGUUCCCAUAGCGGGGUGGUUUUCCAUCCCGGGGCGAGCGAUGCGCUCUCGAGGCGUCCAUGUGAAGGGACGGGCAUUCCCGCAGCCUCGAGAGGAAUGCGGGCGGCGCCACCUUUGCGGGCGCUCCGCUGCAGCAGAGGCGGCGGUUCCUCUCUCUGGAGCCUUGCUUGAGCAACACCCUGCCUUCGCCCUCCGGUGCUCGGCGACCAUGUCGGAAGGCAGGAAGGCUGCGUGUAGUAGUGGCGGCGCGGGGUCUGCUUUGUGUUCUUCUUCCCAGAGCCCCGAGACCCAGCAAGGUGCAAAAAGGACAGGCUCUGAAAAUGGGAGAAUUCUGAGCCAGGGAUUAGUUCGGAGUACCAGAACUCGGAUGAAGUCUUAACUCUCACACAAACCACUCCGUUCCUGGAUUCCCCAAGCUGACUUCAUUUCAGCAGCCUAGGUAGAAAGGGAAACCCAUUUCGUCCACGCAGUUCCUAGACAAUUGGGGGUCAAAUCCUUGCUGACGCUGCCCACCUCUGCUUUCAAAUCCGUGGAACUUUUGAGGCCCUGGCACUCUUUGUACUCCAGUCCUGAGCCUUUUUAUCCAAAAAAGCAAGGUUAGGGCAUCAUAGGGUACCAUUGCUCUUCUAUUCCAGGUGUUGAUGGCUUGGGGAUUUUUGGACAGUACUUCCUGAGCAGAGGAGGGGGUACUGUUGAUGUUGUGCUUUGUGACCAGGCCACAGAAAUGUUUUGUUUUACUUAACAUCCUAUGGUAGUACCAGAGAUGAUGAACCAAACUGGUGAACCUGUGGCCCUCCUGAUGUUGUUGGACCACAACUCCCAUCCGUUGUGGCAGCAUGGCUACUGGUCAGAGAUGGGAGUUGUACUGCAGAACAUCUGGAGGGCCACAGGUUCACCAGCCUUGGCCUAUCCAUCCUUUGUCCUGAACUUGGUGGAACUUUUUUCUUAGUAGGCAUGAUUAAGAUUACAUUGAAGUAUUACAUUUAGGUAGAUUUUGGAUAUAAAAGACAGGGAAACUAAAUAUAAUAUUUUCUUGCAUCUAUUUUCCUCCCCCACCCCUGCAUCUCAAGCUUAAUUGGCUUUUGUUCUGCUCAUCUUGCCCCAGUUCUCAAACCAUUAAAAAAAAAAAAAACUACUUGAAAGGUAGAGAUCUCUUCUACAGUUGUUGUUUUAAAAAACAAAACCAAAAACCUGACCCAUUACAUAGCUUGCUGGGCACAAUCCCAGCUGGUGAAACAGCAGCAAGUUGGUGGUGGAAAUUUUCUCAGGUUGUGUGUUGUUUCCUGCUUCUAAAUGCCUGCUGUGAGAGUAGGAGGAGCCCAAAUCCAACUGGUGAAAUAGCAGUUGGUGAUGGUUUAGUAGUUCUAUACCCACAUCUGUCUACUGCUCUAAAUUGAUCACUUCCUUCCACGUUCGGUAUUCGACACCUUCCGCAGGUGGGUCCCCAAAAGAAUCACGUCGUGAAGGGACCAAGAAUAAACAAACCAAUGGGCUUAUGAAAUGGAUUCAAAUAAGUUGGUCAAAUUUCAGAGAGGAAAAGUUAAAAACCCAGGCAUACCUAACCAUCUCGUUAUGGCUGUUGUAGAUGAUAGUUGAGGCCUGAUGGAGCUGGUCCUUGGCAGCGGUGAUGAAGAGGCCUUCAAUCUGCUCUUUUAUAGGCUGCUGUACAUUACACUUGUGGGGUAUCUCAUUAAGUUUCCUGUAUUUCUGAAGCAUGUAUUCCUGUAUCCCUGCUUAUAGUCUGAGUGAACUUGUUGCUGUGAGCCGUGAUGGGAGACAUUUCUUCCUUAAAAACACCUCAUGUUAGAGUAGUCACAGAGAUGAAGUGGUGAAAUCACAUUGAGUGCCAGUGUGAUGUAUUGGUUAGAGUACUGGACUAGGACAUAGGAGACUGGGGUUCAAGUCCCCACUAGCCAUGAAGCUCACUGGGUGACCUCGGGCCAGUUACUGUCUCUCAGCCUAACCUACCUCAUAGGGUUGUUCUUAGGAUAAAAUGAGGGUGGGGGAACCAUGUAGAUUGAGCUCCUUUGAAAAAAAGGUGGGCUAGAGAAAUAGAAUGAAUUUAUAUUAGUACCUAGCAGCUCUGGUCUUCUGUACUUCAAGGGGAGACUGCAAAGUUAGUUACACUUCUUUUGGCGGGAAGGCUCCAACCACAAAACAAGUCAGUAUCUUGUUUCAAAAACUAUGAAAGAAGCCUAUAUUCACAUUUUACUUACUGUUUUGGGAGACAGUUUCCUUUUUGAACUUUACACUAUUUUAAGAACUAGUAUUGGUUACAAAACACAAGAUGGACAAAGUGUAAUAUGUACAGGUGCUGAAGUAAACAAAGUGAACAAUGUGCAGUUUUUAAAAAUCAGAACGAAGUUAAUAUCUGUGAGUACAAUCUUGAUACCACAACUUAGCCUAUUGAUUUCACUGGGUUUUUGUAUGCCUAAUUCCGCAAAGGAUCAGGCUGUUAAGAAUCCCUCAACACAAUAAAACAUAAUAAACAUGCAGAUAGUUCUACAAAUUUAGCUUAUUUUUAAUAGUAUUGUAAUUAGCAUUCUGUUGCGUAUUUGGGGUCUUGAGAACGGGAUACAAGUGCCGAGUUGCAAGUACACCUUUCUAUUUAGAUUGUUCACUGAGUCAGCAGUCGUUUAUUAUAUUUUAUAUAACUUCUGAAAUCACUGUGAUUUUACAAGAAUAAAUAAGAGGAUUGCAACCUAUGUAACCUGAAAAGUUUGUUACAAAUUAAAGGGAAAAGAGUAAAGGUUAGCUUGUAUUUUUAAUAUAUGCUUUUGAGAGCUUUAGGCAAUGAAAUAAUUUAUUUUCAAAUUAUGCAUAUUUUUUACAAUAACAAAACUAGAAAAAAAACAUACAAAACUUUGCAAAUGGCAAUGGACAUUUUUGAGCAGCUGUAAAAUAAGCAAUCAGAACAAGUAGCAUGGUUUCAUUAAAAAAAAAGUUUGUUUAUUUUUUAGAUGGUGUUCUAACACUGAAUACAGAGAACAAUAAUUAUACCCAGCAAGUACCAAACAUCCGUAAGUGUGAGAUCUGCUUUCUGUCUUUUUCGAAAGACACACAAUUCCAGCGCCAUAUGAGGGAUCAUGAGCAAAAUGACAAGGUGAGUAUCUCAAUAAAUCUGAGUAGCUCUUGUGACAAAAUGACUGAUGUGGAAUAGGUGCACAAAUCUCCAUUUAAUUUCCUCAUGAAUCAAAUUCCAGGGUUCUUUGUAAACCUAAUUUUGAGGAAGCUUAAUAACAUGGAGCUUUUCUACCUCUUGUCAUAUGCAUAUCCAGGAAGAUAUAAGAUAUAUCACAUUUUGAAAGACUCUAUUCUUGCUUCCAGCUUAGGAAGAAAUGGCUGUAUUUGGGGCAUAACCGCUUGCUCGAGCCACUGAAUAUAUGUCUAUUAAUAAUCUAGGAAACAACAAUAUAAAAAAUCAAGCUUUAUCAAGAUUCCGCCCUGUUUUGUAAUGCCACUGUUUUAGGCAAUACAAAAGAUCUUAAUAUAUUUAAAAUUCUGUUGCACAAAUUAAAAAUCUAGGAUCAUAAUAAGGGAAGAAGUAAAGGAACAGUCAUUUUCCAGUGAAAUGUUUUAGGUUUGUUUUCCUCUCUUAAAGCUGAAAUGUGUAAAGUUCAGUUAUCACUCCAAAAGUGCAUUAUGUGGGGAAAGUUUUAAGGUGUGUUGGCAUAAAUAUGGUUUUCUAAAGACAGCAAAUAAAUGCUGUAAUAAGGUGUGGAAAAGGAAAGGAAGGCCAUUGCAGAGAUUUGAAGUUUCACUGUUUUGGCAGUUGGCACCAUUUCAUUUGGCCUUUGUUACUUGCUUAAGGAGUUUAUAUACUAAACCAGUGAUGUUUUCGUGGUGAUUUACAAUCAUAAUGAUGUGACCUCUGUCUCUUAGAUUUUCUUGUCAAUGGAAUUAUGAAGCUUAAAUAUUGCCUUGAUUUUGUUUUCCACAAACAGCCUCAUCGAUGUGACCAGUGUCCGAUGUCGUUUAAUGUUGAGUUCAACCUUACACUGCAUAAAUGUACCCACAAUGGAGAAGAUCCUACUUGUCCUGUGUGCAACAAAAAAUUCUCUAGAGUGGCUAGUCUUAAAGCUCAUAUUAUGCUUCAUGAAAAGGAAGAGGUGACUAUUAUCUUCAUUUUUGAAGCACAUACACAAUACAAAGAUGUGGAGGGGAGGAGGGAAUUUUUUUUGACUUGCAAAUGGUGUCAUGCUUAAAAAAUUCCACCAAGGAUUUUUUGACGUAUGUGUGACCCUGAUCCCAGAUUGUUACAGUCAAUUUUUCUAUCAGCAAAGGAUUGAAAAUGCUUAAAGUGAUGAAAUGUUAUUAUAAAGUAAUGUAUUUUUAUGCUGUUUUAGAAAAGCAUCAAACCAGUUUACUAUCUUUGCAGAAUCUUAUAUGUUCAGAGUGUGGAGAUGAGUUUACUUUGCAGAGCCAGCUGGCCUUACACAUGGAAGAACACCGUCAAGAAUUGUCUGGAAGCAAAACCCAUAUCUGUAAAACCUGUAAGAAAGAGGUUGAAACAUCUUCCCAACUAAAGGAGCACAUGAAAACUCAUUACAAAAUAAGGUGAGAAUAGCUUAACGACUAAACAACAAGUAGGUUAAAAGCUCAGUAACUUCUCUGGCUGACCCAUCACGCUUGCCUUCCUCAGAAACUCUAGGAUGAACACCCAUAAGCAAAAGUAGGCCAACCAGAUUUCAUGCUGAUAUCUUAACUCGGGUAGCUAUUACCAUGAAACAUCAUCCUUAUGCCUAGGUGAAGUUCCAUGUGAAGCACAACAGUUAGUAAAGCUGACAGGGUUUUGUUAUGCAUCCUUCCUUCGUUAAUUCAAGUGACUUUUCGUAUUGUUGCUUAAACUCUGCUAAACAUGUCCGGAAUAUUUUAUUUCACGCAGAUAAUUCAGGCAUUUUGAUUGGCAAGAAUACUGUGGAGGAAGAUAAAUGAGCAAAAGUAAAAAUUAUGUAGGAAAGCAGAACAUCAAUCAGUAACAGGGAGCUGUUUAUAACUAAUACGCUGACUUAAUUUUAGAUGUUAAGCUGCUUUAGUGCUGCCCACUCAAUCCCACUGUGGAAAUUCUAUACAUACAUUUCUGUUGUGCCUAAGGUGUAGGAUUAUGAAGGAGUGUGUGUACGUGUACUUUUGAAACAAGAAGUAUACAUAUAUAUUUGCGUUUUUAUACUGUGCACAUGACCUAUCUGACAUAUUCCAUGUGUGAGAUGGCAAGCACCCAUCUUAAGUUUUUAUAAGCACUUGUAUUCAUGGUAUUUAUUUAUUUCAUAAAAUUUAUACACCUCUUGAUUGUAAAAAACCUCAAAGCAGUUUACGAAAGAUAAAAUAGUAAUACCAAGAAAAAAACCAGACCAAACUUUUAAAACAUAGAAAAGUUAAAAUACUAAAACAGAUUAAAAUAACCUCAGCUUUCUAAGCAUGUGGGUGGACUUGCCUAAACAAGAAUGUGUUUAGCUGUCACUGAAAAAAGUACAGUGAAGGUGCCUGCAUGAUCACAAUAGGCAAGAAGUUCCAAAGUUUAGGCACUGCCACACGAAAUGAUCAAGUCCAUACAAAUGCGGAACAGGUAUGAUGUGGCUUCUGUAAUAGUGCCAAUGCUGCCAGUUGGAGGUUGUUGAUAGGGCACAUGUGGGGUAAGGCAGUCUCAUAGGUAAACUGCUCCCAAGUUGUUUAUUUUAAAGUUCACGGCUUCAUUAAUCAGGAGAUAGCUGCAGUGUGUAUUUGACAGUAAUCAUCAAGUGCCUACUGGGUUUCCUUUGUUGUCUGUGUUUGAUACGGAUUCAGCUUGGAAAGUUUGUAAUGAAGCCAUAAUUAUGGUUUGCCCUGUACAGUCAUACCUCGGGUUGAAUGCGCUUCGGGUUGAGCGCGUUUGAGUUGCACUCCGCGGCAACCCGGAAGUAACGGAGCGUGUUACUUCCUGGUUUCGCUGCUUACGCAUACGCUCAAAAUGACGUCAUGCGCAGAAGCAGUGAAAAGCGAUGCACGUGUGCGCGCGGAGACGCGCCAUCACUAGUUACGUUUGCUUAUAGAUGCGAACGGGGCUCCGGAACGGAUCCCGUUCGUAUCUAGAGGUGCCACUGUAUUGUUACUGGUAAAGCAUCUACAAUACUGUAUACCUGGCCUUCAUUUCUAAUUCCAAUUCUCUGUAGAACCAGAAUUAGUUGGGAUAAUGAUGGUAAUCUGUUUACCUUUCAAAUGAGGUGAUAACAUUGCAAUUGAAUUCACCAUAAUAUUUAACUACUUAAUAUAUGUCUACAGGGUAUCAAACAGCAGGUCAUACAACAGAAAUAUUGACAGAAGUGGGUUUACAUAUUCAUGUCCACACUGUGGAAAGACUUUCCAGAAACCAAGUCAGUUAACACGGCAUGUUCGAAUACACACAGGUAAGGUGAAUAAAUCUACAGAGAUGUGUAUUUGAAAAUGUGUAUAGACUUCAGAUAACCCAAUGAACACACACUGCUUGCUUUUGCUUCCCUAUAUAAACUUUUUAGUUAAACAGGAGAAUUGAAUUCCUUACAACUGUUGAUGCUAAUUCACAAAAGAAGAUAUGCAGCUGAGUUGGGAGGUUCAGAACAAGCUAUGCCAGCUUAACUCUCUCAUCUUCGGCUCAGCUGGGAUCCAGUGGACUGAGCCCUAGCCGGGCAGAUCUUAAGCUGGUGUAAGCCCUAAAAAAGGGAUGUGAUGGGACCUGAAUUGUGCUGGAUGUUAAGCAGGUUCAGCUCAGUCACAUGACUUGGCAACCUGGUGUAAGUUAAAAAGGGUGGUGUUAACUCAAACAGUAUUUUGAAGGCUUGCUUUCUUGCUACCAGGCAUAAGGUGGCUCAAUUGUCCGGUGGAUCAUUACACUGGUUUAACUUACACUGGCUUGUUUUAUGACAGCUUUUAGUGUAUAGGCUUGCUCAGUGUGAAAUGAGACUUGGGAGCAUAAAUGGCUAUAUGGAUAUACAAAUUAUAUGAAUGGGGUCUGCUUGUAGUAGGUGCCAGUUUUCGUUGAAGUUUUAUUUGGAAAGGAAGCAAUACACAAAAUAUUAGAUGUUCAAGGUUCAGUGUUGUCCUGUGCUAUGUGUACAGCCUGUACAACCUGGGCCAUGUGAACUGACUCAAAUACAUCAAUUUGCUUGUGUCAGGUUUUACUGAAAUAACCUUGCAGUUUCCCACUCAUGUCAUUGAAUGGAAUAAUGAACAGCUGUUUCUGGGUAAACAGCUUGCUCCUGCCUCUUCAAGUUUUGUUGACCUUUUAACUUAAAUUUUCAUCCUCUUUCCCUUGGCGUUUAUUCUCUCAAGCUGGCUUCUGAUGCACAUUGGCAGGCAAGCUUAAUGCAAUCAUUUUAGACCGUAUGGCAUGUAUAUAUUGAAAUUCAGUUUGGAUAAGCUUUAGUUAGUAUUCUGAUCUUUGGUAUGACCCUAACUAUCAAACAUUUUGUCCAUUAAUGUGUAUUAAAUAAUUUUAAUGAAAGUAAAUUUAAUUCUCAGAAAUACAGAAUAAUAGUUUUACAAGGACCCCCUUGUUAUAUGUGAAAUGUAGAAAAUGGCCACAAGAGGUCAGCCUUGGCCCCAAUUUAAGAAUUAACUAUUUCAGUCCCUCUACUACCACCCCAUGAAAUAUACAGUGGUACCUCGCAAGACGAAAAACUCGCAAGACGAAAGAGUUUUUCGUUUUUUGAGUUGCUUCGCAAGACGAAUUUCCCUAUGGACUUGCUUCGCAAGACGAAAAACGAAAACGUCUUGCAAGUUUGUUUCCUUUUCAAUGCAUUCCUAUGGGAAACCGUGCUUCGCAAGACGAAAAAUUCGCAAGACGAAAAAACUCGCAGAACGAAUUAAUUUCGUCUUGCGAGGCACCACUGUACAGUGGUACCUCGGGUUAAGUACUUAAUUCGUUCCGGAGGUCCAUUCUUAACCUGAAACUGUUCUUAACCUGAAGCACCACUUUAGCUAAUGGGGCCUCCUGCUGCCGCCGUGCCACCGGAGCACGAUUUCUGUUCUCAUUCUGAAGCAAAGUUCUUAACCCAAGGUAAUAUUUCUGGGUUAGCAGAGUCUGUAACCUGAAGCGUAUGUAACCCGAGGUACCACUGUAUUCGAUUUUCAGGACUUAAGUAUAUAUUGAGGAGUUUAAAUCAAUGUAAGAGGGAUGCAAGCUCCUACAGCUCACUUUAGAUUGGCUUGAAAAUGACCACAGGUAUUUUGUUGGUUAUGGCUUUUCAAAGCAGUCCCUAUGCAAAUAGUUGGCAAUAGUCUUCUCCAUCAAUUAGCAGACAUUUGGUUUGGUUCCCAAAUCUCAUACUGCAUAUUUGCCUCCACAAAGCACAAGAAAGUACAGAACCUGAGAGAAAUACAUCUGCCCUCAAAAGUCACAAAAGACAGGCAAAGCCCUCCCAGCAUUAAAAAGCCCCAGCCCACCCAAGUGACAAAUAGGCAAGACCCCUAUUGUCUACCCUAAAAGUCACAGACAAGCAAAACUUGCUGAUCCACGCCAAAGUCCACACUAACAAAAAAACCCCCCAAAUGCCUCUCAAAAAGCUACAAACUACUAUCGUCCUUUAAGAAACAAGCAAAACAUCUCCUCAAAAGGCAAAAACCACAUUCACCUCCCCAAACCAUCCCUGCUAACCAAAAAAACAAGCAGGCAACCCACCUCCCACCAAACGGGCAGAACGCUCAAUUCCCCAAACUUAUGAAGUAGCAACAUGGUCACUCCAGCUGCCCUGCUUUCUUCCUUUAUUUGCCGAGAGAAAUGUCUCUGAGACCAAAUGGAGCCUUGAUAUAUGCUCAGUUUGUUUAUUUGCCUUGAAGAGUUCCAUUUUUAGUCAUUUAAGUACUUGGUAAAAUUAUGGAAAUGUAAUCAAGUAUUUCUUAGUUAUGGUUUAAUAGAAGCAUGAGCCCCUCAUUUACUCGGUUCUCCACAGGAUUGUGAGUUAUGUGAUUGACCCUUCCCAUCCUCGUGAGCUUGUUACAGCCCUGCUCCAUACACAGUCCAGCUACAGCCAAUCUGUGUGCAUUGAGUAAUGGAGCUUCGUGCUGUACUGGAUGGAGUGUAUGGAGGACUUCCCAUUGCUACUUCAAGCCCAGCUUUACAGUAGCACUGUGUGUGCAUAUGCAGAUUCUGAAAGCUGAUAUAAGUGUGUCUUGGAAAUCUCCAGGACUGUUCAUGCAGAAAAAGUUGGUGGGGCCAUUCUCUAAAUAAGUACUUUUUAUUGAUGGGCUAAUAAGUAUACAUAGCAAUAUGAUACUUAUUUAUGUAUAGUUGAGAAGGAUGAUCAAACAAAAAAUUACAAUGUUUAGGGGGCUAUUUUGUCUACGAAUGUUUGCUAGAGGAAAAAAUACGGUUUUCCAGUAGAGUAUUGUAAUCAUUGCUCUGUUUUACUGUACUGUUUUACGCCAAAUGAAUUUAGAAAUUGUUACCAAUGAAAACUCAUAUUUCUGUUUUAUGUGUGUGUAUAAAUAUAAUUUUAUUUUUGUUAGGUGAAAGGCCAUUUAAAUGUAGUGAAUGUGGAAAAGCAUUUAAUCAGAAGGGGGCAUUGCAAACCCAUAUGAUUAAACACACCGGUGAAAAACCCCAUGCCUGUGCCUUUUGUCCUGCAGCCUUUUCUCAGAAAGGCAAUCUUCAAUCACAUAUUCAGAGAGUUCAUUCAGAGGUAAAUAGCGCAGCUCAUUUCUGUUAUUGGCUACACACUUUAAAUGGCAACAGGUCCUGAAUUAACAUCUUCAUCUAUAUUCAAUGCCUGCAAUUUCUGAAACAUUCAUUUUAUGGUCUAAUACUAGAUGGAAGAAAAACAUUUGGUUUCUUUUGUUUUCGAUGCAUCUAUAGAUUUCCAUGGAAUUGUAGUAGAUAAUUUUCAGUCAAGUUUUUGACUUCUUUCAUGAAAAGUUCUUGCUUUCUGGGGAAGGGAGGAAAUUUUUCCCCCUUACAUUGUUUUUACACCUGCCCCUUCCCCCUUUUGCCCCUUCAGUGCAGCCACUAACAGCUAUCAUUACUUGCCCCCUUGUCUGUUAGAUUCCAUAUUGUCUUCACAGUCACCCUAUUUUCAUCAACCUCUUCCAGACAGGAGAGGAGAAGGACUUGCUCUGCCUGAUUGCUGAGCAGCCUACUAGGGGGUAUCGUCGUUAGAAAUAUUGGUGGAUGAUAAUAGUGAAGUAGCAGUGAUAAUGGCAAAGUUCAGAAAGGAUAAGAUGAGGAGGUGUUCCAUUGAAAGGGGAUGGAGAUUUAAGCAUGAAAGCUGUACAAAGGGCAGAGGUAGUAUGAGUUCCAAAAAAACCAUCUGUGAAAUGUCACUGGUAAUAGUGCUUGAUAUCAGCUGUAGCAGAAAAAUUUAUAUAGUUCCUUCUGGAGCACACAAAAGCAGUUGUUCACUAAACUAAUACUCCCCUGAUGAAGAGCUAUUUUAGGGCAAAAGUAGAGAUGCUAGCAAUGUUUUCCAUUCUUGGCCUGAAUAUAAGCUUCAGAAGUUUGAAGUUUUUAUCUCAAAGAAGAGCUGAGCAUUGCAAGGUUCCCAAAUCAUUCUCCUUUGACUAAAGGCCAAGUUAGAAAGAAUUCCUUACUUAAAUAGUCACACCUGAACCCUUCUCCACUUUGAAAUUUAAACAAUACUUUACUGUCCAGGGUAGCAGGGUUGGAGCACUCUAGAAGAUCCGAUCUUUUUCCUCUCCCAUGAAGUAGGUUUCCCGUGGUCCUUCAAAAUGUGGUUCUGACUUUAAAAGUUGUAUUGGCUUUGAAAAGAAGCUGAGCUGUUUCCAGUUGUGGGAGUUAAGUAAUUGAGCUUACUUUCUGAGCCACUCUGACACAAGUCUCAUCACUAUUCAAACUUAAUAGGUGUUAUAGAAUGUUGAAUCAUCUUUUUUGUCCUAUUUUGAUUUGAGCUGCCAUCCUCUUUGUGCUACACUUCCCUGCUCCUACCUACCAGGUGGCUCCAUCUCUAAUCUGACACUUUCCUGCUUAUAUUUUAUGACACCCCCCCCAUUUUAAUCACAGCAUUUAUAUGAGGUACUAAUUAAUUUACUUAGUUUCAGCUACCAAACAAGCAAGCCAUUGACAUUGUUAUUCGUGGUUCAAUGAGUUUUCCAUUUUUGGGGUGGAAGAUAGUGUUCAUUUGGUGAGUGGAGAUAAUUAUGACAUGCACAAUGCUUAAUAAUGUGGCUGGGCUUUUUCAGAUCUUUAAUGCCUUGAGUUCAUCUGUAAUGCAAAUUUUACUGCUCUGUCAGCUGGGGAAUAAAACAGGGCUAAGAAGAUACUGGCUAUAGUUUGUUGUGGUUGUAAGUGCAAAGUUUUAAGACUGAGCAUUCCUCUCCUCUUUUGUUCCUAAAGGUGAAGAAUGGCCCUACAUAUAACUGUACCGAAUGUAGUUGUAUCUUCAAAAGUUUAGGCAGCUUAAAUACCCAUAUCAGCAAGAUGCAUAUGAGUAGCACACAGAAUACAACGAGUUCUACUACAGAAACAUCUCCCUUGACAACGGUAACUUUUACAUUCUCAUCUCUUUUGGUAAAGGGAAGCAGGCUCCCAAUGUCUUUGCUCUUUGAGAUAAAUAUUCUGUUUGUGUAUGUGUGAGAUACGUCAUCACACUUCCUAGGUGAGGCAAAAUCCAGCAAGAAUUCUUUCCUUUAGGUCCCUCUGAAAUUAAUGGUUUCGCAACACCACAGUCCUCUUGGGCAAUGCCAAUUCAUUUCACUGAGGCGUGCCUACAGAAUUGCCAAGUGAACUGUGCCAUUGCCUUAAUUUUUCUUUCUUUAAACAGGCGAGUCAUAGAUUCUUGACAAGUAAUUCAUUAAUUCAUUGCCUGGUGUCCAUGUAUUGGGGAUGUGCACUUUUGAUCAUUUAAUCUUGCCUUGUAAAGCUUGCUUCCCCUUCCUCUAGAUUCAUCUGUGUAUAGAAGAUCCAGUACCUUAAGCUUUGUGCAUCUGAUGAAGUAGGCUCUUGACUGUGGAAGCUCACAGUGUUAGCCUUUAGGGAGCUGCAGGAGUCGUUGUCAUUUUGAUACAACAGAUUUAACACAGUUACUCUUUUAAAACAACUUCAAUAUUUUUAUUUUUUUAAAAGGACUAUUUUGACUUUCAGUUAUUGCUGUUUUUCAUUAUUGGAAAAUGUUGGUUUUGUUUGGACCUCACCCUAAACAAUAUUUAAAAUUAAACUAUGGUUUAAACAUGAACAAGUAGCAUACUGGAGCAUGCUGCUCAGUUGUCACUUCUGUGGUCCUCUGCUACUCCUUUUGUGUGCCAAGGAAAGAACAGACUGGAGGUUGGCUUCAUGAUGUACAAACAUAUCACUUGUGGCUUGUUUCUUGCAAACAAACUAAGUGGUAAGCCCCAAACAAACUGGUUUCUGCUUGUGGUUUGGUGAGGAGCAAAUCAUGAUCAUUAUUUCUUAUAUAACACAAAGCUAGGCUGUGGUUUGUUUCCCCUGCCUUCCGGUGUGCUAAAUGAAGGAACAGUGGAGGAGUACAGUAGGGGCUUUUGAGUACCAUGCAUUAUUCUGCUUGUUCGUGUUAAAUCAUAGCUGUGAUUCAAUACAUUGCUCAGACUAUUGUAUUAAAGUCACACAUUGCCUUUCUCUUUAAUAUUCAUGUCAGAUGCAGAAUAUUUCUUCCUUUCUAGCUAAAAUGCACUUCAGGAGAAAUCCUGUGCACUAAAAGCUGGCCCCAAACAAAGCCAGUGCAAAGUUACACCAGAUCCAAACCCCGUUCAGCAGCGGGGCUACUGCUUUGGUUGUACUGAAGCCUGGCAGAGGGAAAUCAGUCCUUUAAGCUAGUGUUCCAUGCUGGUUUUCCAGGUCAUGUGACUGAGCUGAAUGGGCUUAGGAUGCAGCCUAACCCUUCUCUCUGGUCCUGCCCCUGCCACACCCCUUUUAGGGCCUGGUUGAGUCUGAGAUCUGUUGCAUCUUAAGCUGGUCAUUGUGGAUAUUGCCAUAAACUGUCCCCUUAAGGAAACAAAUUUAAAGAAAAAAACAUUGUGAAUUCAAAAAUUUAACAAAACCAAUUUUAUGCAGUAAUGUCCUUGUGGUUAAAAUAAAAGGAAACAGCUAAGUGUAUACUUUAAUUUGAUUAGCCAUUAUCUUGCUUGAGUUUUAAUAGAUUAGUUACCAGCAGUUGCCCUUCUUCAUUUAAGUGCCACUUAUAUCCAGUAAUCAGUUAUAUGCUAAAGAGGAAAAUCAGGAUUUUGUAUCUUAAUUGCUAGAAAAAUAAUACAGCUGAAGUAGCUGUGUAAAUUAAAAAAUGUGAUCUAAGAAUAUGUUUUUCUGUAUAAUUGAAUACUUUUUUUUUUUUAAGCAUUAUGCUUUUUUCCUUGAUCUUAAUUGGCAGUGGCAUUACAACAUUUUAGAUUUGCAUAUUUUAUUUUUGUACAGUUAAUGCUUCUAUUCUUUUUUCAUAGGAUUCUGUGUCUCAGCCUCUGACUUUAGCAACAGUUAAUUUGCUACAGCCUGUUGAUAAUAAAUGGAAGAAUGUGAGUAUUCUAAUUCUUAAUUAAUUGUGUUGCAUUGUUAUGAUAAAACAUAUCUUGCAAAAUUUUCCACAUCUUCAGAUUGUGCUACAGAGUUUAUUACAUCUCCGUAAAACAGUUCAAAGAUGUUGCAAACUACUUAAGAGACUUUAAAGAACUUUAUGCUGUGCAUUUCCGCCUUAGGACCCUAUUUUAAUAAUUUGUAAGGGUAAUUUUUGUUCAGCUUGCAAGAAUGGGGGAUGAUAAUUCAGUGGGAAAAGAAUGUCAUGAUCCUAUUGCCAGGGUUCGCAGAGAGUGCACUUGCAUGGUGCAUGUAGUCACACAAUGAGGGUGAUUCCCUUAUGGAAGGGGGCUGAAUCCAAACCUAAAUAGGUGGCUAAUGCUGUCAGAGCCAGUAUUAUAUGCAGUUUUUUAUUUAUUUACUUUAAAAUGUAUAUACCACACUUUCAUUAAAAUAUAGCAAGGUGGCGUACAACAUGUAAACAAGGCCAUAAUAACAUCAAUAAGUACUUGUCAGUAAAAAAAGAAAGAAAGAAAUGUUGCAAAGUUCUGUCUAAACUGUAUAACUUUUGAAAGACAUCUAAACGAAGACAGAUAACUUCUGCUGAACCUCUACUGGCAAGGAGCAUCACAGAACAGGGCCUGCCACCAAAGGCUCAUAUCCUGGAAAAGGCUCACAGACCUCAGGAAUGUUGGGUGUGUGCAUUGUGGUGGAAUAAGAGGUUGAUGCUCAUGUAAAGUAGCUAAGAUUAUAUAAGAGCAUCUCUGGAAUGGGGCCAGUGUGCUUGGUGUGAAAGUAGAAAAGCAUUGCUAUUGCUAGCUUUUUAAUACUUAUUGACAGGGUGGACUUGAUUUAAAUCAAAUUGAUUUAAAUCACAGUUUAAAUCAAAUUGAUUUAAAUCACAGUUUAAAUCACUAGUCAGUAAGACUUGAUUUAAAUCCCUUUUUUUAUAGAAAGACUCAUUCUUGUUGAUAUAAUCUUAAUAUUUACAACCAGAGAAAGGUUUCGUUUUUGGAAUAAUAAAUUUUUAGAGUAGUUUUUACAGUUAUAUAAAAAAUAACUGAUUUGGUUAUACUGUUAGAAAUACAUAGAUAAUUAUGAAAUUAUUGUGAGGUUUAAUAAGUUAACUUUAUAUUUGGACAACUUUUCUGCUGUAUUUUAUUGGAAGGAGAAAAAUAAUCAUUUCCUUAAUUACAAUUUAAACUAUUUAAAUAAAGCAAUAACAUUAUAGCUUAUAUAUCCAUGUUUGUUAACUGAUGUGGUUAAACGUUUUUUGGUUUUGGUUUUUAAAAAAACUUAGACUGAGUUUUAGCACACAUGAAAAACUUAAAACAAAUCCUUAUUUCUGGAUGAAUAGCCUCUGGACUAUAAUGUAACUUAAAUAGAAAACUAUCUUUAGAAAGAUUUUUCCUCCCAACACAUUUUAUUUUAAAAAUCUGAUUUAAAAAAAAAUAAAUCAUUGAUUUUUAUCCACCCUUCUUAUUGAUAAAUAUUUAAAAAACAGAUGUUCAAAAUAGAUGCAUCUGUCCUCUUUGAAAGUCUUGGACCUUUUUUGUGUGUGUGUCCCCUUACAGAAGGAUAAUUUUAUAAUUUAAAUUAGACCUGUAAAUUGAUAUCUUAUUGCCUCUUUAAUAGUUACUUUAUAUAUAUUUCUGCAAAUAUUUAACCAGUUGGCAGAUAAAUUGGUUCCCAAAGGGGAAGAGCAUGCUAAUAUGAAUGCACAACAGAAAUGAAUGCAGGAUGUUAUUGUUGAAGUACCUUGGAAAUUCUUGGCUUGCAAGUUCUGUUUCAUACUUUUUCAUUAUUCCAGAUAUUGUGUAGUUAGAAAUGAACUGGUCUUUCAGACUUGACGUUUACAUAGGGUAAUAAAUUAAGGCUCAUUAUUCAUUAAUGUACAUCCUUUGGGAGUGGGGGAACCAUAUGUGCAUUUUUCUAGAUAGCCCAAGCUGCUUGAAGUUGAUCAGUAUAUUCAUAGUGGUAGUUGAACUAGAACUUUUGAAAUCUUUUUCAUAAUGACCCAGCUUAUGUCCAGAAAGUAAAUGGUUGAGCCUCCAUAGCUUGAUUUUAAGACAACAAGGUUAUCUGUACAGUCUUAAUUUCAUGUCUUUCAUUAACACAAGUUACAGCCAGAUCAGUAUCAUGCAAAGCUUCAUCCCUCUUAUGGGCAUUUUACAAACUUUCAUUUAUUAUUAAACUAUUUCUGACUGAUAACAGUUUGUUGGAGUAUUUUACUCGGUUGUUGUAUGAUCCAUACUGGUUUUUCAUUGGUUUCUGAAUGCUAUUCAUGAAUGACACUUUUGAAAUACUUGCUCUUAAUAUAGGGAUGACUGUACAAUACAUAAGUAGGCCAGUCCUGUAAGAAACAACAACAAACAGUUACAUUCCAAAUGUUUUGUAUUGUUUAAUUCCUUUACAAAUGACAUUUGUACAUUUAAGACGACAUCUCUUUUGUCAACAGACAGAAAAUCCAGUAACUUCAGUGGCAGGACAUCAAGGUCAGCAGUCUGUAACUGACGUCAUUCAGCAACUGCUUGAGUUGUCAGAGCCAGUGGAAAAUAAUCAGUCUCAGCAACCUGGUCAGCAACUCAGUAUGGCUGUGGGAAUAAACAGAGACAUUUUGCAGGUAGGGUAAAAAACUAUUUUGGAACCCUACCUACUCUUUCCUAAAAUUUUGUAGGCUGGGUGGGGUGUAGGAAACAAUUAUCUUCCCUAUACUGCGUCAAAUCACCUCUAACUUCACCCUGCUAGAUUUUGCUGGGAGCUGAGAAGAGUCACAUGUGGAGAAAAGAGUACUAGAUACAUUAGGCUAUGGGGAGUGGUCCAUGACUGCUUUCAUCCUAACACAGCAAUAAAAGAGUGGAUGGUCCUCCAGUUGUUAGAUUUCAGCUCCCAUCAGUUCCAGCCAGCAUGGUCAAUGACCUGGUAAUGGGAAUUGUAGAUCUACAACAUCUGAAAGGCUUCCCAUCUCUGCCCUAGUGUUUGCCGUGUUUGAUUCCCAGUAGCUGAGGUAAACAUAGAAAAUUACUGCUUGAUGCAAGACUCCUCUGUCCCUAGUGUUGAGCAUUCUUGAGGGAAUGGCAAUAGCAACUGCUAAGUACUUCUUCCAGUGAGCUUCAUUCUCCAUUCUUCGGUGUCCAGAGCUGUCAGCUUUAAUAAAAAAAGAGGUAAAUGUAGGAAUUUUGUUUUUUUAAAAUAGUGGCAUUAUAUGACAAUUUUUCUUUUUAAAAAGCAGUGCUAAUUAAACCUGGUAGAGCUGUAGCUUUUUGUAAACAGAGAAUGUUCCUCUAGUUUAACAAAAUUCCAUUGGGUAAUGGAUUGAAAUUGUUAGGAGUUCUGCUCUGAUUUUCUGAAAGAGAGGGUGCUGCAUUUGUUAGAUUCUAAAUAUUGCUUCUAAUAUAACAAGUGACUGUUGACUUCAGAUUUUUUCCCCCACAAGUAAAAAAAAAAAAAGUUAUCUGAAGACUUCAAAAUAGGUAGUCAAAAUAUAAUUCUUUGUAUAGUUGACUUAUUGCAUUCUUGCCAAAACCUUUGGUCACAUAUUUAUGAAUCAUGCGCUCAGUUUAAUUCAUUAUGUUUGUCUUAGCAAGCCUUGGAAAACAGUGGGCUGUCUUCAAUCCCAGUCUCAACAAAUGCAGACUGCAGUGAAAACAAGACUCCUUCAAGUCAGGAUGAAAUUGCAGAAGUUCAGAAUCAAGUCAACACUAGCAAUCCAGAACCAAUUAAAGAGCAAGAAAAUCCAGAAAAAGUAGAGAAAAAGGAAAAAAGAGUUCUGAAGAAAAAAUCCCAGUUUUUACCUGGUAAUAAUGAAAUUGUUCACUAUACAAUACCAUUUAUUACUGUUUAUCACAUCCAUUUUUCCUUCUUGUCACCAUCCUGUGGAACAGAUACUGGGUCCUUUCAAUUCACUAGGAGUCAGGUUCUUUGAAGACAACUUGGCUGGGGAUUGGACUAGGAUGCAAUUUCUUCUUCCUCAUUGGAGCCAAUAUCUUGUCCUCUUGGAGAAUCGGGUGGAAGAUUAGAUGGGUGAAAAUAUGAGGUUGGGUGUAGUUUACCAGUCUUGUAAACUUAGUCCCCUUCUCCUAGAAGUCCAGGAGGGGUGAGUUGAUCACUUUCUGGGUUCUUGGUCUUCCAGUGUGUACCAGGGACUAACUCCUCAUAACCAGACAGGACUCUAAUCCCAGUAUUCCCAAGACUUGGGCACCCUAACUUUCUGGCUAGGAAAAUUCCAAUCUCCUUUUUUCCAUGAGAAGGUUAGCUAAUUCUUGCACUGUGCAGAACAAAUAACUCUUAAUGUGCUCUUCACAUUGAAGGGAAUGGAUGACAUUCAGGCAUCUAGGUUAAGCAGACAGGAUAUUUAAGAUACCUGGAGUGCAUAAUACCCUAGUUUUAGCAACGAGAGAGUCUACAAUCACAUUUCUCCCCAUUGUAAACUAAAUAUAAUACUCCACCAAACAUCUCUUAGAGGUGUUUACUGUUUAACUCUUAGUCAAGACUGUAUUCCUUGUAGUUAUUAACUCACAGGCUAGUCCUCUGGCCAGACCUUUCCUUAGUUUCUAAAACCAAUUCCCAUUUCCAUCUUACGCUCUAAAACUAAGCAUAUUAAUGGAACUGUUAAAAUCUUACCUGUGCAGGACACAUGCCCUUCAGUCAAUUCCCCUCCGUUUGCCACUUUUGAGGAGAGUUAUGACACCUUAAACAAACUAUCUUACCCAUGAAAAAACAGUGCUACCUGAAUAUUCUACUCUUUCCAAAUAUAUUAAACAUCUUCUCUUAAUACAUUUUCCCAAUAGAAUUUAUUUAGGGCAGUUGAUCACUGUAUCCAAUCUAGUUCCAUUUAUUUCCUCUUGCUUGUUUUGCUUUAUUUUAAUCUAAUAUUAUGAUUAAAGCUAGUUUCUUGUACUUAAAAUUUUGUUUAAAUCUGAGAAGAGCCAUGACUAAAGGGAAAUGGAAGAUGUCUUCACUUUGUUUACCAUAAUUUAAUACUGAGUCUCCUUUUCAAAUUCUGACUUCUCUUUCUGAGACUGUUGUAUUAAUAGUAUUUCAAGUUGUAAAAUAUGUACUUCUAUGAUCUCCUCUAAAAUUAUAUUUCAGGUACAAUACGUGAGGAAAAUGGAAUACGAUGGCAUAUUUGUCCAUAUUGUUCUAAAGAAUUUAAAAAGCCCAGUGAUCUAGUGAGACACAUCCGCAUUCACACACAUGAAAAGCCAUUCAAAUGUCCACAGUGUUUCCGGGCCUUUGCUGUGAAGAGCACCCUCACAGCACACAUUAAAACACAUACCGGCAUUAAGGCUUUUAAGUGCCAGUACUGUAUGAAGAGCUUUUCUACCUCAGGGAGUUUAAAAGUGCAUAUUCGCUUACAUACAGGUAAGCUGUGACAUUUAUCUUUUUGUAAUACUGAGAGAACUUCCUUAAGAAUAGGAAGUUACUGAAAGUUGCUUAUGUGCCUUUUACAUGCAGGACAUUUUAUCUGAUUAAUUUGCAAGAAUCUGAAAAUAUUUUUUCCCAAGUUGUUGUUUUUUUACAGUUUUAAUCAGUAAUAUGAAAAACUUCAAAUAUUUUCGACUUCCAGGUUUGUUUGAAAUCUUGCCAAGUUCUCACUUUAGCAAGGAAUGUAAAAAAAAAAAAAAAUGUCUGGAGCUUCAUCUGCAUGUCUAUUUUAACCAAAGCAGGGCGAGGCAGUGAAAUUGUAUUGACUCAACCCACAUUGCCUUCAUGCACUGUUCAUAAUAUUUUACAGAAGAGUUGCCAUGUUAUUCUUUUGCAGAAAAUACAACAGAACUUUGUUUUUGCUUAUCCUCUAAUUUACUAGUCCUUAAGAUGCCAUAAAAGUAAAACUCUUCAUUGGUUGUGGCUGUAAUAUGUAACUGAUGCUCAGGCGAUUUUCACCUUAAGUUUCACAUGUAUUAGCCCAAUAAUGCAUGAUCCUUAAAUGACAAAAUUGGGACUAUAAAUUGACUUUAUGUAUGGAUAACAUGUGGUAGAAAGACAGAUGGAUGGAUGAAAUUUUGGUGUUCCACCACAGAUUGGUUAUACUUACUUUUGUCAGUGUUUGACUGGGACAGUAGUUGACUUUAAGAUGUGAUUUGAAUAAUCAUCCUGUAACAUGUGCAAUAUUAUUUAAAUGUGGAUAUUACCAGUGCUGUACUAUGUUGCUUUUGGAUGUGUAUUGCCACCCACGGUCAGGUGUAACUCAUCUCAUUUAGCUAUGUUUAGGUAGAGCUGGAUUGGGUAGUAAAUGUUUUGGAGCAUGGAAGAGGAGCAGGAAGAAGUGUGCAAGUCCAAAUAUUUCAUAUGAACUCAGUGUCCUACGCUGGUAGGACAUCAUUAUCUCACAGACUUUAUUUCGCACAGACUUUAUCGCACAGACAUAUUUCACAUGCUGAAUUAUGUAUAGAGGCUGUAAAGGGGAAAGUUUCUAGAUGAGGUCAAGAAAUACAUUUACCCUUUUGUCUUGCUUUCGAAGCUGUAGAAUAUUAAAGACAUAAUACGCUAUUCUUUUUUUAGGUAUUAGACCUUUUGCUUGCCCACACUGUGAUAAAAAGUUCCGAACUUCUGGUCACAGAAAGACACACAUUGCCUCUCAUUUUAAACACACGGAACUAAGAAAGAUGCGGCAUCACCGUAAACCUGCAAAGUUUCGUACAGGAAAGACAAGUGUUCCAGUACCUGAUAUCCCUUUGCAAGAACCUAUACUCAUCACGGAUUUAGGUAAAGUGUGCACAGUAUGCUUUGCUUGCAUAAAGUCUUACUAUUUAUUUUUAGAAUAAAACUAAAUACCAGGAUUCCCAGUUGACCAAAGAGAUGCCUGAGGAAAAUGCUUGUUGAUUGCGUUUUGAUGGUCAUUACUGUGAAAGCUGUUAUGUAGUUAGGCAUGUAGCUUACUUUGUAGUCCUCUGAGCCAUUGAUUCGGUUAAAGAGACAUUUUGGAUAGAGCACAGUGUCUGCUGCAGUAAUGCAGUUAUCAUGACUUGCAGCAUUACACUUAUAACACAAGCUCAGUAUGUGGUUCAUGGAACAAAUCAGAUUCGUAUGCCUGUAAUUGUGUGAAAAGUUGAAAGAUGAUACGUGGUAUACAAGCAAAGAAAUAUUCUACAUUUUCAGCAUAAUUGUUCUCAGACUGUUGGUCACCUGAGAUUUUAAAUAGCAUAGUGUAAAUAACUACCAGGUCUUUCAUUUGGGAGCAAGAAUAUGGCUGUAUUUGGACAAUCAGGAUCUUGGCUUAAUAUGCUGAGAUAGGUACAAAGGUCAGGCACCUGCAUGCAACUAUGUUACUCCUCCCUUCUUAUAAACACGUAAUCAUGCCAGGAAGCCUCAGUUAACCAGAGCUUCUCAUUGCAUUCAGACUGGGAAUUAUGGUUAAUUACUUCUAAGCAAGCCAGAACACGAAGCCAUGAUUUAAAGAUGGCUUCAGUAUUCUGGCUGUUUUGGAAGCCCUUAACCAUAGGAAGUGUGGUUCCUGACAUGCUUCACCAUUCAUGUGAAGAGCAAAGCAGUUGUGGGCGGCUGAGGUUUGUCCAUUUCUCAGUUUCUUAAGCUAAGAGCAUGACAAUUUGAAAACAGCUGCUGUUAGGUGUUACAAUUGUUUUAGUAUUUGAAACUGUCUCAGUUUGAUCCGUCUUUUUCUUUCCUUCUCUAUACAGGUCUUAUCCAGCCAAUCCCAAGAAAUAGCCAGUUCUUCCAAAAUUACUUCAAUAAUAAUUUUGUGAAUGAAGCGGAUAGGCCAUAUAAAUGUUAUUACUGUCAUAGAGCAUAUAAAAAGUCUUGCCAUCUUAAACAGCAUAUACGGUAAAUUCCAGAGCAAAGAUGUGGGUGGCUGAGAGAAUGUUCUAAAAAUUAAAGAACAGGAAACAGUUCUUUCUCUGUAUUCUCACAUCUGUCCCGUGCUGCUAUACUGCCAAUAUACUUGCUGUUUCACCUUCGUUCCAAAGGCAUAGAACAUUAAGGUUUAGAAAGCACAAAAUUCAGAUCUGCGGGAGAGUGUAAUUUUUUUUCUUUGUGAGAUUAAGAGGGAAUCUUCACUUCCCUAAAUAGUGCUGACUUUGUCCUGCGAAGAGUGAGGUGCCCUGUAUACCCAAAUUAGAUAAAUAUAUUAAAAUAAAUAGAUGGUAUAAUAAUGUAAUUAUUGCAUCAUAUAAUUUUAUUGUACGCUGGUGCUCAGCACCCCUAAGUUUAGAUCCCCCCAAAUCAUGAUGCAUUAUGCCUAUCUUAUUCCACCCUACUCCCUUUGAAUGACUGAUUCUUCCUUAACAAUCAGCAGUAAUGAUAAAAUAAUUUAUAAAAGUACAGCAUCAUGUUUAUAACUUGGGCUAGGUAGUAAUAAAUUUAUGGGUUCAACCCUGUAACUGGAAAUAAUUAUAGCUGUAGAAUAAAUAAUUACUUUUAGGUUUAUAUAUUAAAAAAAACCAGUUAUAAUGUAAUUUAGUAUGACUAUAUACUAAUAACAAACUCAUUCUCCAAGUACUUAUUUGUAUGUGGCUAUAUUGGCACCAUCUACGCAUAGUAGGAACAUACUAGUAGGAUUGGGGGAACCCAGAGCUUUACAGAAGCAUGUGCACAUGCACACACCCUUCAGAAAAAAAUCUGUAAGGGAGAGAAGAGACAUCAAAACAGUUAAGUGAGGACCAAACAUGUUCAGUGGGCACAAAACGCUGGCUGAUGCUUUGUGGGGGAAGGCGGAGGAGGCGGGUUGGAAUGGCUUGAAACUUGGAACAGCAGCAUUUCAUUCAGCAGCAUUUUGUUGUAGGUCCUACUGUGAACGUAUAAUAAAAUACUUACAAAUCAGUUUUGCUGACUUGGGAACAGUUAUAUGAGCGCCCCUCUUCCACCUGAUCAUUAAUAAUCUUGAACUUGAACAUUUGCUCUUCCUUCCGUCACACUUUGGCAUUUAUUUAUUUUUUAAGAUCACAUACUGGUGAGAAACCAUUCAAAUGUUCUCAGUGUGGAAGAGGCUUUGUGUCUGCUGGAGUAUUGAAAGCACAUAUCCGAACACACACAGGAUUAAAAGCUUUCAAGUGUCUAAUAUGCAACGGGGCUUUCACAACUGGCGGGAGUCUAAGGAGGCAUAUGGGCAUCCAUAAUGACCUUCGACCAUAUAUGUGCCCAUAUUGUCAGAAAACGUUCAAAACCUCAUUAAACUGCAAAAAACACAUGAAAACUCACAGGUACGUGCGUUUUAACUGUAUGCUUUCUACGAGCACUUGAUCUUGUAUUGCUACUGUCUGCUUGGGCAGCCAACCUUUUCAGUUUGGGAAUUUUAAGGGGUCUUCUCAGUGUGCCAAUAAUGAAUUUUUUUUUUUAACAAUAAUAUUUAUUAGUUUUCAAUAGACAUAAUAGAAAGGAUAUACAACCACACAACAAAAUAGCAACAACAACAGUAUAGAAAUUAAAAAAAACAAAGAAGAAUAACAGACUUGACAUGCCAAUAAUGAAUUUCUAGCCAACUUCUGAAUGAGUGAUUAGGGCUGGCAUGGUGUCAGCAUUUGGCUUGGUCAUGCAAGGGUCAGGGCCCCAGCAGUUACACAUUGGUACUACUUUUAAAAAACAUGUUCAAGGCCUAUCACUGGGUAGGGAAGCACUAGGCUGGACAGCUGUAGCAUCUCCCUUUGUCCAGUGCUUGGUCCUGUCUCCAGUUGUGUUAUUUUGCAAUCUUAUAUUGGGGCACAGAGGACCCUUAACAGAUGUAUUUUUGGGGGUGGUGGAGUAGGAAAAUGUAGCUAUGUUGAGUCUGGGACUUCUCCACGUAGUGUGGGACCCAUCUCAAUGUUCAGCUAACAGAGUCAGUGCCACCAGUUGUCCUUGCAGCUCACUGUUUGGACAGCAACAUGGUGCCCAUUUUGUAAGUAAUAUUUUGUUGCAGGUGAACAGAAUGGAAAUUUGCUAUGAUUGAAGGCAGAUAGGAAGGUAGUCAAAUGCAAACUAAGUUAUUUUGUUAUCCUGAGGUUUUUUAGAUAUACACAGUUAAAAGACGCUCCUACCGUCAACCUCAUAUUUUGUUAGUGCAGUAGAACUGUCGUCUUUCUCUUUCAGGUAUGAGCUUGCACAACAGCUGCAACAGCACCAGCAAGCUGCUUCAAUUGAUGAUACAACAGUAGAUCAGCAGAGCAUUCAUGUUUCUACUCAAAUGCAAGUUGAGAUUGAAAGUGAAGAGCUGCAGCAAACUGAAGCUGUCACAACAGAUCAAGAAACUAUUUUAGAUUUGGACCAGCAGCAGGUUGUGGACUCGGAGGAAACUGAACUGAGGCCACAGUUGACUGAUCAACCACUUGGUCAAGAGGAAGGUAAAUGUAGUAGAAAAGAUUGGUAAAUAAGUCAGUUUAAAGGGAAGUUUGUUUAGCAGCUGUCCUUAAAUGUUAUGAUUAGGCUUAAUGAACCUGAUUUUUUUGUGUGAGUCUACUGUGCAAAGCUGCAGCAGUAGCUGAGUGGUAAUAUGAAUGGUCUUAUUAAUGCAUCAUUUAUUGGGGACAAAUCUCAACUCAGUAUGAGUUUCAGGCUUUCUGUGAACCUUCCUUUCAUUGCAGAAAGAAAGUCACAUUAGACCCAUGCUGCAGCUCGUUCAGUGAACAUGAUUGGUAUUAGAAACAGAUGUGACAGCUAGAAGCUAAAUGAUACCUUAAACCUGGGUUAUAGGUACCACAACAGAGUGCCUAGGCAUGCUUUUUUAUAACAAGAAUACAAAGCUGAAAAUUAAUGGACUGCAGUAAAAUCUUAUGUUCAUUUUUCACAUUUCAUUUCAUUUCCAGAUAGAUUUGUGACAUCCCAACAUGCACUGCAAGAAAAUAUGAAUCAGUUUGAGCAGCAGACUAUAGCACAGCAAUCAUUUGAUCAGCAAGCAUUAUCACAAGGUUAGUAAAUGUCUAAAUAAUACUUUUCAAAGUGACCUAUGAGUAUGCUUUUGCAAUGUUUGAAAGCUUCAACAGCAUUCAGCUGCACAGUGACUGCAAUUCCAGAACGUCGCCACAUCUACAGAAAAAGGUUGGUGCUUGUGAAACUGAUCGAGUGGAGUUUCAGAGCCAAUCUAAUUUGUGAAACUACAGGUUUAAUUAUUUUCAUUUAGGAAAGUUUUCUUUUUUAUCGUAAAGUAUUCAUCUCAUAGAAAUGUAAGGUAUUAAGUAAUGCUAGACAAAGCAUGGUUUAAAAUCUGUAUUGUACAAGAUUUCUAUUUUACUUGGAAUGCUCUCUACAGAUUUCCUAUUCUUUGAAGGUUAUUUGAUGUUCCUGGAGCCAUUCAGAAAUUUUAAAUCUCAGGUAGGUUUAUAUAGAAACAUGUGUUUAACUUGAUGGACCCUCUCUCUUUGUCUACAUAUGUGCUUCAUUGUUCUUAGUUGUUUUUUUACUCGGAAGAUAGGAAAAUGAAAGUCUGAUAUUAUAGUUGCAUUGUCCUUCCAUGAUGAUAGUUCCCCUGCUGUCAGGGAGAAGGAGGGUCUUGGGGAAGGAGAACAUCACUCUGAGAAAAGGGAAACAACUCCUUAGGAAGGGACUCAUUCUUUGGGGGAUGAGCAGCUAUCCUCUUGUGCUGAGGAUAUUUCUCUGGGGGGUGGGGUGGAGGGAUCCUGGCGGUGGGCAAUUUGAUCAUUAGGAACAUAUACCUAUCCCCUAGAUUGCCUGGUAGAUAGUUCUGAAAUGGAGUCAGUGGUUGUGAUACAUGGUGGUUUCUUUCAAAAAAUGGAAGUCUUGUCUAAAUGAUGAGAACAAAAAGGAAUAUAAACUUUGGCAAAAGAGGUGCAAGUGUAAGGGAUGCUUAAAAAAAGAAUUUGAGGAACACCUUGCUAAGAACAUUGAGACCAACAUCAAGUACUGUAGUUCUUUAAAAUAAAUUUUAAAGUGUUCUCCUUCUGAUUUCUCUUGUCUUGUGAUUACGGAUGUCAGAUUUAUGUCCAUUUAUCCUUUGGCGUAAGGUUUGGCCUGUUUGUCCAAUAUAGACAGCUGAAGAGCACUGCUGGCGUUUGAUGGCGUACACUAUGUUAGAAGAUUAGAAGAUGAGCCAUUAAGUAGGCCUGAGAUGGUAUGCUUGAUGUUGUUGGGGCCGGUAAUGGUACUACCCAGGUGUAUGUGGCAACAAAGUUGGCAUCUGGGUUUAUUGCAGGCUCUGGUACCAGUUUCCAUGUUAAGUUUGGUUGCUGUAUUAUUGUGGGUGAGGAGGAAUUUAAGAUUGGGUGGCUGUCUGUAGGCUAUGAAAGGUCUUCCUCCCAGAGCUUGAGACAGAGACUUCAGUCUCCCAGGACAUUCAAUACAAGAUCUCAAAGUGGCUGUCUUAUUACAAAAGAAUUUCAGGAAUAGAUUUGAAAGAGAAGUUGCUGAAUUACAACUUAUCACUAAACUGAAAAUAUGGAGAGACCUGGUCUGAACAGCAAUAUUGGAUUCGUAUCCCAUUACACAGGCUAAAACGAUUCUUGGUCCUUUACGUACUGUCCCUUUAAAAAAAUCUCUUGGUUUUUCUUUUUCUUGUGGGACUAACUGUCACUAACGGUCACUAACAGACUUACCAUACCCAUUAGCCAAUCACCCAUUCCCUAUCCUCCCUCUCAUUAUAUAUAGGGGUCUGAUGACUUCUGUUUCAGUGUAUCUGAAGAAGUGUGCAUGCACACGAAAGCUUAUACCUAAAACUACUCAGUUGAUCUCUAAGGUGCUACAUUAUAAUUUUUAAAUUCUUUUGGAAGGAUUCUUUUAAAGUAAGUAAGUAAAUUUUUAUUUAUACCCCGCCCUCCCCGGCCAAGACUGGGCUCAGGGUGGCUAACAUCAAAUAUCAAAUACAUUAAAACACUAUUAAACAAUUGAUUAAAAUACAGCUUAAAAAUUAGAAUCAGGAUAAAAUUAAAUGAUUGCCCACGAAUUACAACCAUAGGGGUUGGGACUUUUUUGAAGACUUGAUUCUUUUAAGGGAGUUUUUUGGUUUUUAAGAAGAGUCUUUAUAACUCAUUUCUUCCCAUGAAAGAAGAGAAGCAGUAGAUUCAGUUAAACUUCUUGUUUUUUUCAAUGUGAAGUGCUGGUAUAACAUAAAUUUUAUGAGAGAGCAAAUAACUUCAUUUUGAAGAGGCACAAAUAUAGUGGAAUAGGAAUUAGUUUGGGAUAAUGUGUAUGUUGUUAUUGUUUGUACUGAGUCUUACAUUUUUUGUGAAACCAGUGUAGAUAAAGGAAGCUGGGUCAACCUGUUAGACACAUGUACACAUAACAUUAAAUUCAGAAUCUGAAUGGCUCUGAGCUAAUUGAAACUUUUUAAGGAAACUUCAAAUUGUGUUCUGUGGAGAACAUAGUUGAAAAGAAGGCAAACUUGGGGGUAAGUAUUGCUGUGCCUGUUUAUUGGAUGCCAAUAAAGUUUCUUUUUUUGCUGUUUUCUUGUAGAUGAAAAGGAAAUUAUUAUUGUCUUUCCAUAAGUUACCAUUGUUUUGUUCUUUUUUAGCUAUGGUUUAAUCCUACUGGCUUAUGUCUCAGCAACACCUAGGAUUAAGCUCUACAAAUUCCAUAUCAUUUUGGUACCACUAUCAUGACUCAAAAUCCCUGACCUUCCAUGGCAAGGAGGACAGGAAUUUUAGGAUCUAUUAAUUUGCAAAGGCAUGUUCAAUCUAUGAUUUAAAAAUCUAUGGAUCUAUGAUUAAAAUUGGUACAAGGUUUUCCUUACAUCCCUUCUUGCUAGGUGAAUCGUACUGUUGAGCUGUUACAGUUUGCAGAAAGUGAGUUGCUUGCAUUGUAAUGGAUGAGUGUGAGUUAUGUACUGUAUAAUAAUAAUAAUAAUAAUAAUAAUUAAUAAAUAAAUUGUUCUUUAUUAAAUUUGUAUAGCACCCUGUACCUGCAGGUCUCAGGAUGCUUCACAGGAUAAAAUCACACUAUAAAAACACAAAAUACAUAAUAAAAAACAAAAACAAUCCAAUAACCUCACGCCUAAUAAAGCUUUCUCAUUUGUCUUUUGGUAGGUUUUACUGUUAAUGAUGGCUACAGUCAGCAAAAUCAAUUUCCAGCAGUACAGCAGCUUCAAGAUUCAAGCACCCUUGAAUCCCAAGCUCUUUCAACAAGCUACCACCAACCAAAUCUACUUCAGGUUCCUGCACCAGAUGCUAUUAAUGUAGUAAGUAUUUACUUGAAAGGUUUGUAGUGGUUUUUUUUAGCUUUGUGGAACUUGCAUUCUUAGGUCAGAUAUUGCUACUUCAGAGAGAAGAGCUGUACCUCUUCACCAACUGAACAUUUUGCAUCCCCACAAUGACCUGUAAUGCCCAGGACAUUUGGGGGAAAUGGAAAUGGUGACUAGACCUUUGAGACGUCAGCUGUUCUAUAGUCACCACAUGUAACAGUAAAAUAGAGUUAAAAAGAAGACGAAUAAAGAAUCUGUCACCUUUGCUAAAGACAAGCUUCCUUUAGGAGUAGGCCAUUUUAUUGCCACACAACUCUACUGGGUUAAAUGUAGAGUUUAGCCAUCCUUGUUACAUGUUUAGGUGAGUUGAUUUUAAUAUUGUAUUGACAACUGAAAAAUUAAUAUUUGCUUCCCAGACCACCCGCCUGAUUCAAGAUCAGUCACAAGAACUUGAGCUGCAUCCUCAACGCUCUCAGUUUCUGGAAGAUAAUGAAGAUCAAAGCAAGCGUUCUUACAGGUUUUUUGAACUUCACAUUUGGCCAUUCUUAUGUAGCUGUUGAAAGGAAAAGUCCACUCUCUUACUGAACACAGUGGGACUUACUUCUGAGUAAACACAGAUUUGCAAAUUGGUUUAUGGGCUGAAUAUAUGUCACUGGGAAACAUUUAAGUCGUAAAUUCAUGAACUACAAUUCUGUAUAAUAUCAUUUGUUGCUAGCAGUAAACCAGGAAGCAAUGACAUGUCAUAUUUAUUUACAGGCCAUCAUCAAAGUUGACUUUUCAUUUCAUUCCAACUGAACUUCCAUUUUUGUAGGUGUGAAUAUUGCAACAAGGGUUUCAAGAAAUCCAGCCACUUGAAGCAGCAUGUACGUUCUCACACUGGAGAAAAGCCUUAUAAAUGCCAGUUGUGUGGACGAGGAUUUGUUUCUUCUGGAGUUCUUAAAUCUCACGAGAAGACACAUACAGGUGAUAAAGCAGUAGUAAUAUUUGGUUCUUUUGCUAGUCAUUUUAAGCCUUGUAAUUCUCCUGUGUCCAAAAGAAGAGCAUGUCAGUGUAAGAAUUUCCUUGCUGAAUUAAACCAAAGGUCAUGUAGUCUGGCUUUCUGUUCUCAACAGUGGCUGCUGAGCAGUCCAAAGCAAAGCAUAUAAGUCAUUGCCAUCUCCAGAAUUCAAAGUAUACUGCCUCUGAUAUGGAGAUCCCAUUCAUUUGACAUGGGUAAUGGUUAUUGGUAGAAGAGCCUUUUAAAAUGGUCUAAAUUAGAGCAUAUGGUGUGGUGUUUAAAAUGCUGGACUAAAAAUGGGGAGAAUCCAUUUCAUUCCCCACUCAGCUAUAAAACUGUUUCCUUGAUUUUGUGCCAGUCACUGUUUCUACUCCUUGGAGGAAGAGUGGGAUAAAAAUGUCAAAUAACAAAUUGAAAGCAAGUCGCUGCUUUGUUCUUGGAAUUGCACCUUAAAUCUGACUCAUUGUUGAACAUUUUCUGUUAGAUCACCAGAAAGCCUAUUUGUCCUUUUUUCUUCAGGAGUUAAAGCAUUCAGUUGCAGCAUUUGCAAUACAUCCUUUACUACUAAUGGAAGCCUUACUAGACAUAUGGCAACUCACAUGAGCAUGAAACCAUACAAGUGCCUAUUUUGUGAUGAAAGUUUCAGAACUACUGUUCACUGCAAGAAGCACAUGAAAAAGCAUCAAACUGUGUCUUCAGCGGCAGCAUCAGGUGGAGAAACAGCAGGAGGAGGUGAGUUUUUUUCCCCAUAUGCAUGAAUAAUCACUUUGAUAUUUAAACAGUGUGAUGUUCACGGAGGUUGUUUGAUUAUUUUAAUGGGCCUCUAAAAGUAUUCUAUAACAUGUUAUUGUUUCUCUAUUGAAAUAUGCAGAAGAUGAUGAUGAGACCUCUGAAAGAACAUCUUCUAGAAAAUCUAGACCUGGUGUUAUCACUUUCACAGAGGAAGAAACAGCAGAACUUGCAAAAAUCAGGCCACAAGAAAGCGCAACUGUUUCUGAAAAAGUUCUUGUCCAAUCUGCUGCAGAAAAGGACAGAAUUAGUGAAAUCAAAGACAAGCAAGCAGAAAUGGAAGCCGAGCCAAAAUAUGCCAACUGUUGUACUUACUGUCCAAAAAGCUUUAAAAAACCUAGUGAUUUAGUCAGGUAAGAAGACCUGCCACCCCAAAGCUAAAGAAUACACACGAAGCACAUUAUUUUUGCGGCUCGGUUUUAAUUAUUUAGACCACAGUCUAAACAAUUCCACCAUUUAUUGCAUGCCAAGUUGUUUAUUAACUGAUUUCUUAGUAGCAGCUGUUCAUAUCACAUUGGAUCUACUUCUGAAAUGUGGAGGAGUUUCAAAUGUAGCUUGCAAUGUGGAAUGGGAGGCAGCAGUUCAAAUUAAAAAUGUCUGAAGUCCUACUCAUAGGACUUUCGCAGUGAUGGUGCCCUGUUUCUGGAAUGCCCUCCCUAAAAAGGUCCACCUGGUACCUGCAUUACAGUUUUUUCAGCACAAGUUAAUACAUUUUAAUUUGUUAUCUUUCAUUAUGGUUGCUGAUGUUAGUGUUUAAUUGUAAUGGGUUUCAAAUAGCUUAUUUUCUAUAUAGUUGUAUACCACUCUGGUAUCUGAUAUGAUGAGGGGUGGUAUAGGAAUGUUUUAAAUAAAUUAAAGUGGUCCCUAGAUUGCAGCCAUUUUAUGAAAAGCUUGUUAAAUGAAAAUCUGUGGCUUAGUAGCUCCAGGUAUAAUUGGACUUGGAAAAUGUUUCCAAACAUGGUUUUUUCGACUUGCUUAGCAAACCACAUUUCAAUGCUCCUCAAUUUUUUUAGACCUAGAUGUUUUAAUUGCUUUGUAAACAUUGGUGUUGGCCAGCAGACAUUGAUAAACAUACAGUAUUAGCAUAAGCAUAUAGUAAUUGAAGAACAACUAUUUUUGACUAGGCAUGUGCGUAUCCAUACGGGAGAAAAACCAUAUAAAUGUGAUGAAUGCGGAAAGAGUUUUACUGUAAAGUCUACUCUGGAUUGCCAUGUAAAAACACACACAGGUAAGCAAGAUGUUUUAUAAUUCCAACUCUCUAAUGAAAUGUGCAGGUGAAAAAACCCCCAGGAACAUCAAAACACUUGAAUUUUUUAGGAUGAUAAUCUGGCUGGGAUGUUUGGGUUUUUAAUGGAAUAUUACAGCAGUGGGUGGUUGUUGUUUUUAGUGUUGAAGGGUGCUUCCAGAUGGAGGUUUAUUGUGGAACAGGUGCUGCUAAUGCAUGUUAGCUUUUCUCACUGUCCACCUGAUGUCAUUGUCAUCAAAAUGGCAGCCUGUACUUAAAAAAAUAUGAAUCAGAUAUAUUUUUUUACUGUGGAAAAUCCAUUGAGGAAAAAUAACCCAUUAUACAUAUGCAGCCAUCACUAGUGUGGAACUGCCAUUUCCCCUCCCCAGACAGUAUGUGCAUGCGUAUUUCUAGCAGUUUGCCACACACUGAAAGCAUGCUGCAAUUUCAGCAAGCCAGGUGGAGCUGUUUUCUUGAAAUCACUGCAUUUGUGGGAGAUGACUUUGGAUACUGUGAUCACAGUACAUACUGAAUUAUUUUUAUUUAUUUAUGUGGAGCUCUUAUCAGCUGACUAUCAGGCUUGUGCAAAACUUUUGUAUUAAACACUUGCUACAGCUGUUCAUAUUUUAAACCAUAAGUUCAGGGACACCCUACAUUGAAAUAUAUGUCCUUGCUCAUUGUCUCACUUUCUGCGUGGAAAGUGGAUUGGGAACGGAAGACAGGAACAUGUAGGGACACAAUUUUCUGACACAAUGUUUGACAGCGGCCUCCUCUGUACACGCUCAACAGAAUUGCAGUGGGUCAUAGCUGUAAAGAGAUUAGGAUCUUUAUUUUCAACUGACAUCAGACUGUUUUCUUACUCUCCAGGUCAAAAGCUCUUCAGUUGUCACGUAUGCAGCAAUUCUUUUUCUACAAAAGGUAGUCUGAAAGUGCAUAUGCGCUUACAUACUGGAGCAAAACCCUUUAAAUGCCCUCACUGUGACUUGAGGUUUCGAACUUCUGGACGGAGGAAGACCCACAUACAGUGUCACUUUAAACCAGAGGCCAAGAAGGCCAGGAAGCCUGCGCCUCGCACUCCGGCUGAGGGACUACAGCCAGUAAACCUUCUUAAUUCAUCCUCAACAGAUCCCAAUGUUUUCAUCAUGAAUAAUUCUGUUCUGACAGGCCAGUUUGACCAAAAUUUGCUUCCACAAGGUCUCGUUGGUCAGGCUAUACUUCCUGCUUCAAUGUCAGGUAAACACUGUCAUUGUUCUGCUUGGGGUUUAAAUCCUCUUUCUGUUGGUAUUACCUGAUAAGGAAGAAGUAGGACUAUGGUUCAUGCUCUGAACAAGGCACAGCUCGGGCGAGAUUAACAGGUUUGGCUCACUCAUUGCGCACCUCAUUGGCUCACUUGGCUUCAGCAGCGGAGAUCAGUCUGAGGAGCUGUUGCAUGUACAUUCCUCUUGCACCCACACUACCUGCCCCAGUUCAGUGGCCCAGUAAGCCAAAGGGAAGGUUUGGCUUGGGAAAAGGUGAAGUGACUUCAAACAGAGCUCCCAUCCUUUAGCCAGUCUGCCCACCUAGCUGUGAGAGGGGAAGGGAACUGGUUAAAGUUGCCCCCCACCUGAUACUCUCCCCCCCCCCCAUCUACAUCGGUUGCUUUUAGAUAUGCCGGAUGGAAGAAAGGGAAGGGCAGAGAGAACUAGAGGAGAAAGGCGGGGCAAUUAUCUUUGUUUACAAGCACUUGUUGUGGGCUGCUUAUGAAUGCAAUAUGUUUAUCCAUAGAAGAUAGAACUUGUUGGCAUGGCUUCCUGAAAAUAAAGGAUACUAUAUAUAUGACUGUUUUCCUUUAUAGCUGGAGGUGAUUUAACUGUAUCCUUGACGGAUGGUAGUUUGGCAACCCUUGAAGGAAUACAGUUACAGCUUGCUGCUAACUUGGUUGGACCAAACGUUCAAAUAUCUGGAAUAGAUCCUACCAGCAUCAACAACAUUACAUUACAAGUAUGUUUAUUCUGUAUUAUCUUUUAUAAACAAAUAAAGAGUAAGCGUUGCACAGAUAAAUGCAAAGAGACUGCUUUUGUAUAUAAACUGCUCAUGCAUAUCCUGGCUUAUUAAACCAUUGGGGGGGGCUUAGCAUUAUGUGCAAAUGUGGUGAUUGUAAAUAGAAAACAUCUCAAUAAUCUGUGCAAAUUAUCAAGCUUUGGCAAAAACUAGAUUUUAUAACUUAACUCUUGCUACCAUGGUUAGAGUUUACUUAAAACUAGCUUACUUCGAAGAUGGGGCAAUACUUUCUCUGAUAAAUUCUAUAAUAUUUUGUGGAGAGGUGUCAUCUAUUUGCAUCUCCUAUAUUCAUUUUCUUUUCAGAUUGAUCCCAGUCUUUUGCAGCAGACACUACAACAGGGUAACGUACUGACCCAGCAGCUAACUGGGGAUCCCAGUUUGGCUACUCAGAACACCUCCCUCCAGACAGCAGAUAGUUCAGUGCCAGCAAAUGUGGUAAUACAACCUUUGUCAAGCUUGUCCUUACAGCCCACUGUUACCUCUUCAGCAAAUAUGACGAUAGGACCUAUAUCUGAGCAAGAAGCUGUUUUGACUACGAACACUGCUGGUAAGCAUUGAUACAAAAGCACACACUUCCAUUUUGAAGGGUUCUGUUGCUAAAACCUCCCAGAAUUAUUCCACAUUUAAAUUUAUUUUGCUCAUCUUUUCUGUAAGUUUAUUAUAUAAAUAUUAAUUUCAAUUUUAAGAGCAAAUAUAUUAUUGCUCUUGGAAAAUGCUGAUCAACCAUGUAUUUCUAUCAAUAAAGAUUUUUUUUUUAAAAAAAAAACACAAAUUAAAUUAAAUAUGUUCCUGGUUGAGGAACAUUUAUGUAUUUUUAAUUCCCUAAUUGUUUAAAUCAUUUAAUAUAUGAUGCAUCAUUAUCCUGAAUAAAUAGGGUGAUUGGGUUCUUUUUAAAGAGUUAUUUGCAUGUAGAGUCAUGCAUAGAAGUGGCUGAGUGGGCUAACUAUUUGGAGAAAUUUUUUCAAAGGCCUCUCCUAGCCCCCCGUCUGCUAGCACCCUGAAGCAGAUGAGGCUGUAUACAGGGGCAAAAGAGAUUGACAACUACAGACAAAGGGGAGUGAGGAUUUCUACCCAUUCAGUUACUUCCAAACAAGUGCAUGGGGCUACUUGCCAAGACAUAGGAUAAUCUGCAUCGAAGUUGGGAACACCAUCUCUUCUCAAUCAUUGUGAUUCCUCCUGGAAUUGUUUAUAUUGCUUUUGUGAAUAAUUGGGCCAUGCCAGUUUAAGACCUGCUGCUGUGCCUUCUGCUUAUCUUGGAACAGGCAUCACAACAGUAAAUAUUAACAUAUUGAAGUUUUGCUGCUGAUUAUUAUUAUUAUUACCCUGUUUGUGUUUAGGUUCACAGGAUCUGUCUCAGGUCAUGACUUCACAGGGUAUGGUUUCAAAUUCAAAUGGUCAGCAUGAGAUUACAUUGACAAUAAAUAAUUCGAGUCUGAGCCAUGUUUUAGCUCAUGCCUCUGGUACAACUACUUCAAACUCAUCAGGAACCCCUCAAGAAAUUACCCUUACCAUAUCUGGCAAGUAAACGAUCCUCAUUUUGUGUGUGUAAAGUCACUCUGUUUGUCUAAUAAUAUAUGCUUAUUACUUCACAAGCCUUGGUUCAAAGAUAUCCACACACUUUGGUGUAGUGGCAUUUAGCUUCCAUAGCAUAUUAACUCUUCCUCUAUCUCCUGUUUUAACUUUAUAUAUGAAAAAAAUGCAGAAGCAAAUACAGAUCUUCAUUGGCUUAUAGAUUCAAUUUUGCAUUUAGGCCAGGAUCUUAUUCAGCAUAAUUCCUCUGGAGCUAAUGAACUGAAUGGGAAUCUACGACUUGCAACACCAACAAUCAGUAAUCAGUCAGCAGGUGCUACAUUAACAAUAAGUAAUGAUCAACUCCUCUCUCAGAGCCCGGUGCUGAAUAGUAGUUCAGGUAGGCUUUUAAUAAUUUUUUCCAAGUAAAUUGUAUUGUGGCAUCUUAUUAUAUUCUGGCUUAGCGGUUUCAGUGAAGAAAUGAGAACUGGUUUCUCAAAAACGCCUGAUUUCAUUGAAGCCCAAGUCAUACAAAUGCCUUCCCUUUUUGCUCCUUCCAUCAAUUGCAAUACAUUCUUUUAUUAGAUUUUUCCAUUAAAAAUGGCAUUGUAAGCUACUUUUAUGUUCAUAUUGUUUCAUACUGUUAUUAAAAUGCUGUUAUUUCAGCCUGCCUGAGCAAUUUCCACUUGUAAGUUAUUACAGGUGGCAACCAUUUUAGGCCCACCGAUGUGCAGGUCCUUUUGGACCCGGAAGAAGGCAGGUCCAAUGGGGGCGUGGCACAGUUAUUACCACUCCACUGAUGCGCACGGUGGCCGGGAACGGAAUCCCCACAUGAAAUGGUUGCUGCCUGUAGUGUCUACACGGAACAUGUUAUGAAAAGUGGACAGCCAUGAGUAUUCAUAAAAGCAUAGUGUUAGGCAGAUUGGUACAUUUCCCAACUAGUAAAUUAUGAUAAUUAUGUGUAGAGUUUUGACAUAUCAUACCUUUUUACAGAGCUUAAUGCAUCAAGUGGGAACCUUCCUUCAACACCCCCCAUGUCUCAGCCAGCUCAGAAUUUAGUAAUGUCAUCACCAGGAGUCGGAGGAGAUGGUAGUGUCACAUUGACCCUAGCUGAUACUCAGAGUAUGCUAUCUGCUGGUCUUGAUGCGGUGACUCUUAACAUCACAUCGCAGGUUUGUGUCACAGUUCUAGCCUAUUCCUGAUACCUGGUAUCUGCUAAUUAAUAUUCCUGCAAAUUAAUACCUGCUAUAAAACUAGGGCAAAGGAAGCCUGAAUGCAGCUUGACAAAGAAAAUAUUUGUACAGUACAAAGAUUAUGUUCCCUAAUGUAUAAUGUCAAUAUAGCUACUUUUAAAAUUUACUCUAAUACUCCUAUUGAACUUGUUUUGCCUGUGAUUUUCAGUGCUUGUUGACUUGUGGUGUUUCUGCUGCUGCAGUUGUUUGAAGAUUACACUGUCAAGUUUCAGCUCUUUUUGAGAAAUCUUCAUUGUUAAUAGUUACUAAGGCUUUCUUUGCUAAGCAUUCACCAGCUGUUUUCUCCCCUAGUUUUAUGACAUUAAUUAACACACUUGCAAUGUACCUGUGGAUUACUGAUAAGCAAAUUCUUGCUGUAAGGGUAGUUUGAAAACAGCUUCAGGUUGCUGCAGUCUGCACAAGCGUUUGUAGGAGAUGCUUUAAGUAUAGGGCAAGACCUAUUAAGUAUAUUAGAGAAGGACCUAGAAUAUAAAGUAGAAGUGGUGUUCACUUUGUAGCUUUGCUAUUCUAAAAUAAACAUAAACAUAGAGUUUACCGACAUACUUUGUAAAUAAUAGUUGGGAGAAGGAAAAUUCUGUAUAUAAUAACAGGUCAAACAGCCCAUGCAGUGAGGCAUAUCUCCCUUUAUCCAUCCCUGAAGGUCUGCAUUUCCUAGUUUAAUCCAGGCAAAGCCAAAAAUUGCCUUUAAAAGCACCCAUGACAUGCCCUAGGAAGCACUAGUGACCACCUGCCUCUUAAGGAGAGGCUCUGAGAACUGUGAUGCCCAGUCUCUUACUCCCUGGAAAUCCCUUAUCUAAACACACCUUUCCUUAUGUAUCUUUAUGUAUCCUGUGACACAAAUCCUUAGUCUCCAUACCAUACUGAAAGUAACACAUAUUUUUUCUUGUAAUGUAUACCCUUUCCUCCCUUUCCCUCCUCUUUCUCUCUGUCUCAUGUUGAGUUUUAGAUGGCUUGAUUCUUGGAGCCAUGGGCUGUGUUACUGGUUUUGUUGUUGCUAUUAUUGUGGACUCAGUGAGAUAGAUAACAGUUUACGGCAACAGCAGAUUUAAAAAGUUUCAAAGAAAAAUCUGGUGUUAUGACACAUCAACAAAUUCAUAUUUAUAGUCUUUGACUGCACAUUGCAGUUACAUUUUCUUCUAAAUGUAAUGCAUUUCACUUUUUCUUUUGGCAGGGACAACAGUUCCCUGCUUUACUGACAGAUUCUAAUCUCUCUGGACAGAGCACUUCAAGCUCCCAGCAAGUUAUACUAGUGAGUCAUACCCCACAUUCAAUACCUUCAAGCCAGGAUGAAUUAGCAUAUCAGGUAAACUUUUUAAUGUAUGUUGUUCCUUGAAUAAAGAUAAAAUAUAGGCUUAAUAUAUAUAUUGUAGAAUUUAUGUAGGUGAAGAAUUAUGUUCUCAUUUAUCUUAUCCUAAUCAAUUUAGUAUAUUAUGGAAGUUAAGUAUGGAGGUUUAAAUUUGGAGGUUUGACCUUUGCAUUUGCAAGAAGAAUUUUGAAGUUGCUUCAUAUUAACCAAAUCUUUCCUUUUGAACACUGUGAAUAUUAAAUGUGAAAUUAAGUGCACAUUCUUAUGUCUUGGAAGUCUCCAUUUUAAAGUUAGUCUAAUUCUUAAAGGUGUCUUUUUCUUCUUACAUCCCUUUUUGUUUGCAUUAUAUGCCAGUGGUGGGCACUCCGCUGUCAUAGGCCUCGUGUGGCCAUUGGCCUAAAUUUAUUUUGAGGGACGCUGCAGCCAAUGGUGUGGGACAUCCCUCACCAGCUGACGACUGGCAGGAGCAAAGACUUGUGGAAUAUGGGUCAAUUCCCUCAGUUUUUUUCCUCCUGCCUGACGCAGCAGUGCAUCAUGUAGGUAGCAUAAAAAAAGAAAGGGGGCGAACGACUGGUACUACCCACCAUUGGCUCUGGUCUUGCUCACUUCUGGUAUGCUGCCAAACACAGAUUAGUCCUAAAGGAGUAAUUGACAGGAAAAGGCAAUUACUUCAAUUACCCUGUGCUCUGCACCAUCAUUACUUUGAAUUCUUCUAAUUCUGAUGGGGAUUCACUGAAAUUCGCUUUCUUUAUUUCCCUGCCCCUUCUUUUUCUUCUUUCAGAGUCAACCUGAAAAUUAAUUUAUUAUGGUGAUGGUUAUUUGAAAAUAGUAAUUGGCUUGUGGAUCUGAUUGGGAGUGGGGCUCUAGCAGGAGCAGAGCACACCCAGGGAUCCAUUUCUUCAGAAUUUCACCACAACCAGGCACUCAUGUGCUUUCCCUGAAGGGGUUGGCAGAAUUGCUCCAUAACUUUAUUUUACUAAUAAGUUGAAAUAAAAGUUGCACGAGAUAUUUCAAUACCUAUUUCAAUUGUAAUGUGUUCUUCAAAGCAUCAUUGCAUCUGAAGAGUGAUGUUUAUCUCUUGAGUUUUAGGUGGUUUUAUUUCUCGUAAUGUGUGUAUAUUUUAUGUAACUGUUGCAGGUGAAUGAGAUUUCUCCAAGUUUAUCUAAAGGCAUUCAAGCUGAAAAAGAGCCUCGUGUGCACCAGUGUUUUGAAUGUAGUCAGACUUUUUCUUCAGCUGCCAUGCUUAUGCAGCACAGUAAAGAAGUUCAUGGAAAGGAAAGAAUCCAUGUUUGUCAUAUUUGCAAUAAAGCCUUCAAACGAGCAACACACCUUAAGGUACGAAAUAAAAUUCACAACUAAUUAUAUUGAAAACUUCAAAGAGGUCUAACUAGGCAAAGAGGUAUCCCUUUGAAAAUGGCGUUCUUAUUUAUUUUUAUUGUGACCAUCUACUGCUCCUGCCAACCUAGCAGUUCGAAAGCACGUCAAAGUGCUUCCUCUGGCAGGAAGAUAAACGGCGUUUCCGUGCGCUGCUCUGAUUCACCAGAAGCAGCUUAGUCAUGCUGGCCACAUGACCCGGAAGCUGUCUGCGGACAAACGGCGGCUCCCUCGGUCAGUAAAGCGAGAUGAGUGCCGCAACCCCAGAGUCGUCUGCCCGUUGGGUCCCUUUACCUUUACCGCUUCACUGUGGGUAUAUUUUGGUGAAAACAGUUCUGUUCCUAUUAAGAAACUUUGAUAAGAGUUAAAAGAUUCUUUAUAAACUUUCUUCCAUUUAAUAACAAGUAGGGAUGCUUUCAAAAUUAUGUCUGGAUGUUGGGGUUCCAAUAGUAUUUCCUCUGAUGCAUUAGAAUUCUUCCAUUUUUUUAAUAUCUGGGCUGUUUUUCAACCUCCUGCCUUCUGGCUGGUUAAUGGGAUCAGAGUGUGCUUUCCUGCUUGUCUGUAGUCCCAGGGCAACUGGCAGUUGGAGCAAAGUAUUCUUUAGCUAGUUAUCUUCUUGGAGCUACUUUUUCUCUGGCAAAUGGAUGGGGCCAAUUUGCUGCUCCAGCUGGUAUGAUAUUCUUCCUGUGUGGCAGAGAGUGCAAACUCCCAAAUGCCCUUAUCUUAAAAAAGCAGUUGGUUACCUCUGUCUUGAUGGUUAAGAGGCUCACCUGGACCAUCCUUUUUAUGAAAACGUCUGUUUAACUGUUUUAGUGCAGUUGAUUCUGCUUGUUUCUUUUUCCAUUUAGCAUUGCAUAUGUUUUUAAUACGAAUCACAUUGUCUGUCAUUUUUGGGUCAGGAAGCAAAAUUACAAUCUAAUCCUAUAGCAUGCAAAAUCUGUAUUCUGGUUCUUUGCAGGUACAGAAGGAAAAAUAAGUUUUGAUUCUGAUUUCUAGGCUUCGUUCAGACAUAAUGGAAAGCUGUUACACCUGAACUGAGCCAUAUUGGCUUAUGUGGGUGUGGGCUUCUUUACUGGGAAAGAAAUCUGGAAUUUGGAGAAAUGCUGCUUUUGUUUUUAACAUUCUGCUGAAACUGUGAAGUUGCAAAUGGUUGUGCUUUGUGUUUUUCUUCUAAAUUUAAAAUUAUUUUUAAUUCAAUAAGGUCUUGUACUUGUUAAGGAAUUUGUUAUUUGCAUUCUUUAUAAAAUAGAUUGAAUUUGGCCAUUGCUGGCUUCAGAUUUUGUAGGUCUUGACCAGGCAUAGGCAAACUUGGCCUUCCAGAUGUUUUGAGACUACAAUUCCCAAUAUCCCUGACGACUGGUUCUGUUAGCCAAGGAUGAUGGGAGUUGUAGUCCUAAAACAUCUGGAGGGCCGAGUUUGCCUAUGCCUGGUGUUGACAAAAGGAUGUGUGAGCAACUUAGCACUCAUUAUUAUUUUUCUUACCUAAACAUGUUCUAUGUAUUUCUUCUUUGUUUUGAAUUAGGAGCAUUUGCAGACUCACCAGGCAGGACCAUCAUUAAGUUCUCAAAAGCCAAGGGUAUUUAAAUGCGAUACCUGUGAAAAAGCCUUUGCUAAGCCGAGCCAGCUGGAAAGGCAUAGCCGCAUUCAUACAGGUAAGAAAUUAUCAGUACAGGUGGCUAGCCACAAGCUGUUCAAUUUAACAAACGGUUAAGUAAAUUGUAAACAACUUAAUCCAAUAGCUGUGAUCCUACCCAUCCUCACCAUUGCAUUAGCAGCAGAAUCUGGGACAAUAGGAAGUGAGAGGCAGCAAUCAGAGUGCCUGGGCUGUUUAUUGGUUUAAUUUGUUUAUUAAAUUUCUAUACCACCCUUCAUCCAAGGAUCACAGGAUGGUUUACAACAGUGGUGGCCAAACUUGGCCCUCCAGCUGUUUUUGGACUACAACUCCCAUCAUCCCUAGCUAACAAGACCAGUGGUCGGGGUGAUGGGAACUGUAUUCCCAAAACAGCUGGAGGGCCAAUUUUUGCCACCACUGGUUUACAAUAUAAAAUCGCAAAUAUGCGUAACAUAGUAGCAAGCAAGCAAGCACACACACACACACACACACACACACACACACACAGUUUAAAAGGCCAUAGAUUGUUUAACUAGCCCAAAGCUUGGGAUGUUUUUGUAUAGUGUGUAAAGAUAUGUAACAAAGGCACCAGGUCGGCCUCCCUGGGUGAUCCAUACUGUGGAAGUUGGAGGACUUUUAGGAGUAAUGCAGCAACUGAAACUUUUACCUGUUUAACCUUAUGCUUUAUGCUAUCUUUACACGCCAUGCCCAAAGAAGGAACAGCAUAGUUCAAAAGGAAGAAAGGAGUUCAGCAAAGUUAACUGAGCAUCUCUGUUCAAGAGUAAAUUAGCAGUGUUUGAGCUAUUCCGCUUCUCUGGGCCUUUUCCUAACAGCGCACAGAUCUCAGAGUCAGGUGCUCCGUUAUUUCAGCCCAAUGCAUAGGAGCUAAAUAGUUCCUUGUCUUGACCAGGUUUGAGUGAGAACGGUCCCUUAAAUGGUGAUCAUAGCCAGUUCAAGUAAAACUAGUGUAUUUGUGAAGUUUAAGGAGUUUUACUCCACUUUGCAUCACUUUGCAGUUAAUGUUCUAAAAGUGUCUUGUUUAUUAAAGGAGAACGACCGUUUCAGUGCACGUUGUGUGAGAAGGCUUUUAACCAGAAGAGUGCUUUGCAAGUUCAUAUGAAAAAACACACAGGAGAAAGACCGUACAAAUGUGAUUAUUGUGCAAUGGGAUUUACCCAGAAAAGCAAUAUGAAGCUUCAUAUGAAACGAGCACAUGGCUAUUCUGGUAUGUAAAAUUUGCCAAGUGAAAAUUUUAUAUAGAAUACUGUAGGGCUUAAACCAGCCCUGGCAUUUGUGGUACAAUAUUCUCAAGUUUCAACAUUACUCGUUUAUUUGGACAGCAUUGAGUGCUGGGAGCUUAUUUUACUUUUUCCUUCUUUUUAAAUCUCAGCCCCUGCUCUCAUUCUCCAGGCCAGGGCUGGAGAAAAUGUCAUUUUUGUCAGCCCAUGUCCCCUGUCACUCACCUAACCUCAUGAAACUUUGGGUGUAGGACAUAUAUUGCUGUGGCAGGCCAGACAAAAGUGGAUUCUCACCCUUGCUGUAGGCAUUCAAAAGUACAUAAUGUACUGCAAGGCUUAUGUGUAUGAAUGUGUUGCUGUUUGUACUGAAUAGUAACAUUUUUCUUUCUUUCCUAAACUGUACAGAGUUAUAGUCUACAAUUACUCAGUUUAUUUAUUUCAUAAAUUUAUGUACUGCUUGAUAGUAGGAAAACAUCAAAGCGGUUGACAAAAAUGAUAAAUCAAUAAAAUUUAAAAUAUCGGUUAGAAAGCUUGAUGCAACUUCAUAGGUUCUUUUUUUGCCCAACAGUUUCUUCUAAAGGAAUAAUUCUUUCCUAGAUGUAUGUAGGAGCCAUAUCAAAGCAAGGAAGUUCUUAGUGAUAAUUCUCUUGCUAUUUCACUGUGCCAUUCCUGAAGGCAAUAUAAACUGGUUUGAAGAUCAUGCUUAACCAUAGUUCUGUGUGAAGUCAAUGAGCCUUGAGCUCUUGCUUUCUCCCCUUCCCUUUUUUAUUUUUCUUUUUUUUCUGGCACUGUUUGUUGGAUCAGACAAGACAACAAGUUGCACUUAGGCUAAACUGGAAGUGAAAAGCUGUUAAACACAUGUGAGGGUGGAGGGCAUGAGUCUGAGCCUCACUCUGGGUUCAUUUACAUUAAGCUGAACUUUUGCUUUCUGUGAAGCAUGUAAUGGAAUAUAUAUAGUAAUUUUAGGUUGCUGUAUAGAUGAUAGUUUCUUCCCAUGAUUCAGUGACUUCUUGCAUCAAUAAAUGCACUCCAUUGCCCUCAUGGACUGCCUCAUUAAUUCAAAUGGACAGAAUAGAUUAAGCAUUCACGUGCCUUAAUGUGAAUACAUUUGCUCUGUCCAUUGAAAGGAACAGUCAGCCCACAGAUGAGCACUUCCAUCCAUAGCACUGUACCAACAUUAUUACUUUCAAAGGAUGUAAACAGUACUCUUUAAUAGGUAAAUAUUACAUGAAGCGUGGCUGGAUUUAGUUUGCUUUUCCACCAAAUAAAUCUUACACAUUUCUUAUUGGAUGUUUAGUCAAGCAGCGCUUAAAUGUAACUCUUCUGUAUUUUCACUAGAUCUCUUAGCAUUAUUUCUCUUCCUUGUUAUGGUAGGCACAAUACAAGAAUCUACCAGUCAUCAAGGACAGGAAGGUGAAGACAUUAAUCGUGCUCUGAAUUUGGAAGAGGUUGUUCAAGAAUCUUCAAAUGAAUGGACCAAUAUUUUUUGAUGACAACCAAGGUGAAAGCUCAAAAUGCUUUCAGGACUAGAAUUUUUAUAAAGAUAGUCACCUAUGGAUUUUUACUAUUAAAACUGAACAUAUUAAAAAUAAUAAGAUAAUAUAACUUUUUAAAUUUUACAAAACUACCAAAAGAAUGAUUGUCUUUUGUAAGCUUGUAGGAUAUUGAAGAAACACCAGAUACACUUUGCUAUCUUGACUACAAUCAAUGAUCUCAGGUACAUGGAGUUUGCUCAUCUUUUGAAUCCCAUCAUACGUGUAUUCAUGUAAAAAAAACAAAAGACACACGCCCAGAUCUUGGUAUCAAUGAACGUUGAUUAGAAGGUAGACAGCAUGGAAGUUCUGGCAAUCAUGAGGAUGUCCUGACUGCUUAAAAUUAAUUGGAAGAAAGAGUAUCUCAAAGUUAGAUGCAUGCAGUAGAGAAUUCAUAUUACAAUACGGCAUUAAAUGUCUGGUAUUACUUUAGUUCAUUAAUUGGUAUUACAUUAUGGUGCUGGUGUUGCUGACAUGUCAGAAAGUGAUGGACCAUAUUCAUUUUAUUAAAGCUAUUUUAAAAAUUAAUUUCUUAAUUGUACAUGUUUAGCUUCACAUUCAGCAAUAAUUAUUCAAAGAAAAUGUAACUAAUAAUAGAAUCUCCUUGAAGUGAACAACAAAUGCACAUAUUUCCUGUGUUAGGUCUUAAUGCUCAGAAGUGUUAGCUUGAUAACUAUGAAAAACAUAAGCCAUAAGUUAAAAAUAAUAGGGCAUACUACCAUGCCUUGUCUUGAGCAAACCAAGUGAGCUGUAGCACAAGUUGUAUCAGCAAAUGCAGAUUGGUUUCUGACAGUCCCCAAUUAAUAUAACCUGAUUUUGUUGACAUUUGAUUAAAAAUAAAAAUAAAACUACCUAGGCUUUUCAGUAAUGUUCUGAAAAGCCCCAUUUACUUAGAAAAGGUAAUAUAUCUAAAGAAACACUGGAAUAAAGCAUUUUCUGUUUUAAGACAUUCCAAAGACAGAAGGAUUUUGCUUAAUUUUACUUUAAAUUUUUGAAUUUCUUUAUAUGUUAUAUAUAUGUGUGCGUAUGUAUAUAUACAGAUAAUUAAGCCUCUAUGUGGCUGUUGAGUAUAUUUUGUAAAUAACAAAAAUCCCAGUUACAGGAAGUGCUCAUAAAGUUUUCAACUUUAAGUGACCACUUCAAAAUCAGUAUUGAUUCAUUUUAUUGUAAUGUAGACAUGUUAUACCUUUCUGAAGAAUAAUUGCUUUUUAUUUGCCCUCAGUUCCAGAAAGAAGAUAUAUGUACAUAUAAUUUAUACUUGUGUAUUAUACGACUAGUUCUUUCUAUUUCCUGAAUGGGAAAAAUCACUGCUUUUUGAUAGGACAUCUCAUAAUUGUUUUGUUAACUAUGGACAUAUGUAUAUAAGUGAUAUAGCUGGUGACUUGAAAAUAACACUUUGUUAUGUGGAAAUAUUUAAGUCAGACAUAUUUUAAAUAAUAUUAAUUUUUUCCA